AGAGAAGAGAGGUCUAGCGUUCCCCCAUUGACUGAGCAACUAACUUCGGGCUUACGGGACUUUGGUUACCUAAAAUGGGGUUCGUUCAAUGUUGUCCUACACACUGAUUUCGUGAAUUUUGUGAAUAAAGUAACUAUGGAAAGAAGCUCCUAAAAAAGUGGAUAAAGACGUGGUUUGAACACGGGAGGUGGAAUAGAAGAGAGAAGAUACAGGUUAAUUCCGGCUGCCCCAUCUGUGUGCCAGAAGAACGCAGAGAGAGAGAGAUUGGACAUUCUGGAACCCCCAGCGGGACGGUCUCGUUUUCAGCCACCGAGCUUCCAAAAGUCCCAAAGCCCUGAGGAUCAAGUCAACAAACUGAUGCAGACUUCUUCAACUUUUCAUAAAAGGGCGUAAAGGCUGCUGGCUGUCUUGUCCUGCCCUGUAACCGAGCAGAGCCCCAAUGCCAGUGGACAUGCAGCCACAUCAGAGGCUGUAUCAUUAUGAGUCUACACCCAACCAGCCGCCCAGAGGUCUUACUCCAUCAGGAAGGUCACCCUACAGUGAUGUGUCAUCGCUCCGUGCUCCACUCCACAACGGCCAGCCUACGGACUGCAGGAACAUGUACAACCCUAUGACCCCUAACCCCAUGAUCCCUAAUCCCAGGACCAACCCUAACUCUGGGGUCAACCCCAUGGACCAGUACAUGCGGCCCCCUCUGGCCCCCCCACUGCACAGCAUGAUGGGACACCGUGGCAUGAAUCAGUUCUCCGAUGGUGGAAACAGCACCCCCUACUGUCAGAACAACCUCAUGUCAUCCCACUAUGGCUUCCCCCACGGCCACGGAUCAGACCACAUGGGAGGCGGUUCACGGUUCUCCACGCCUCGCUCCAUGCUGAAGCUGAGUAAGAAGCGUGCUCUGUCCAUCUCUCCUCUGUCGGACGCCAGCAUGGACCUCCACACGGUCAUCAGGACCUCUCCUAACUCACUGGUGGCAUUUGUCAACUCACGAUGUGGACCAAAUGGAGGCUCCUCCUAUGGACAUCUGUCUGUUGGUGCUAUGAGUCCUUCUAUGGGUCUCUCCAACUCCAUGAACUACCAGUCUAGACAACAAGGCUCAAUGUACGGUGGACACACCCCGGGACCCUGCCAUGCCCCUCCCACCAGAAUACCCCCACACAACCCCCGACUCCACCCACCCAAACAUGGACACCUGAAGACAGAACCCGGACUGGGCAAUGUGAUGGAUGGGAUCAAUAUUAAGUGUCUGGAGGAGAGAUCCGAGGGAGACAUGGCCAGCCCUUCUUCCACUGGCACACAGGAUCCUCUGCUGGGUCUGCUGGACUGCCGGGAGGAUCUGGAUAGGGAGGAGAAACCGGAGCCAGAGGUCAUCUAUGAGACCAACUGCCACUGGGAGAGCUGCAGCAAGGAGUUUGACACGCAGGAGCAGCUAGUGCACCACAUCAACAAUGAGCACAUCCACGGAGAGAAGAAGGAGUUUGUGUGCCACUGGCAGGAGUGUUCCAGGGAGCAGAGACCAUUCAAAGCCCAGUACAUGCUGGUGGUUCACAUGCGUAGGCACACAGGAGAGAAACCACAUAAGUGUACUUUUGAGGGCUGUAAUAAGGCCUACUCUCGCCUGGAGAACCUGAAGACCCACCUGAGGUCUCAUACGGGGGAGAAACCAUACGUCUGUGAACACGAGGGCUGCAACAAAGCCUUCUCCAACGCCUCAGACAGAGCCAAGCACCAGAACCGUACACACUCCAACGAGAAGCCUUACGUGUGUAAGAUCUCUGGGUGUACUAAGCGCUACACAGACCCCAGCUCUCUGCGGAAGCACGUGAAGACUGUCCACGGCCCUGAGGCUCACAUCACCAAGAAGCAUAGAGGAGACACUGGGCCUCGGCAGCCAGGCUCAUCACUGACACCUGGUGGACAGCGUGGUGAACUGCUGCUGGAGAAAGAAGAGGCUGGACACAGGGAGGACUGCAAACUGCUGGCACCUGAGAGCACUCUGCCCAGCCAGCCCAGCCCGGGUGGCCAGUCUUCCUGCAGUAGCGAGCGCUCUCCACUGGGGAGCGCCAACAACAACGACAGCGGUGUGGAGAUGAACCUGAAUGCAGCUGGCAGUCUGGAGGACCUGACCGCUCUGGAGGACGGAGGGGCAGGAGGAGGCUGCGAGGCGGGGUGCUCCGGGGCAGGGAUGGGGGGCAUGUCAGCACAUGCCCUGAAGAGACUAGAGAACCUGAAGAUAGAGAAGCUGAAACAGGUCAGAAGACCAACUCUGCCCGGAUGCUGUGGUGGGGGGAACAAGCUGCCUGCACUCACAGGUGGUCCAGGGGAGAUGAUGGGAGGGAUGUGUUCUCCCUCGCCCCUCCUCUCCAACCGCCGAGUCAUGGAACUGUCCAAUCACGAGCUGGGGAGUGGAUCCUCUGGCAUGGUCUGUCCUAUCAGUGACCGGAGGGGGAGUGGCACCAGCAGCAUGAGCUCGGCCUACACAGUGAGCCGUCGUUCCUCCAUGGUUUCCCCCUACCUCUCCAGCCGACGCUCCAGCGAGGUCUCCCAGCUAGGAGGAGGGGGAGGUGGGGGAGGAGGAGGAGCAGGGUUCCUGGGUUCUGACCAGGGAGGAGGUGACCCCCUCCCCCCUGAGACCAGCUGCAGAGGAGGACCCUGCCGUGGUGUAGGAGGGGCAGGAGGAGGGUUACCAGAGAUGUCUAGUCUAACGCCAGCCCAGCAGUACAGCCUGAAGGCUAAGUACGCAGCAGCCACUGACGGCCCACCCCCCACCCCACUACCCAGUAUGGAGCAGGGACCGGGAACAGCCAGGAGGAGAGGAGGCUUCCUCAGCGAGUACCAGGGUCAGCCGCUGCCAGCGUUCCUGCAGUAUGGCGGUCCCAGGAGACAAAGUGCCAACACGGGAGAGUAUGGCACCGGGGUCAUCUACCCCCACCAAGUCCCAGGGAAUGUCACCCGGCGCUCCAGUGAUCCCGUCCGCUCCACUGGCAACCCCCAUGCCCUUCCCAAGGUGCACCGCUUCAAUAGCCUGAACAACCUGGCCAUGAUGGGCCGGAGGAACGCCCUGCAGCAUUGUGGGUCAGACGUCAACAUCAGCCGCCAUAUGUUAUCCCCGCGGCCACCCAGCAUCACAGAGAACGUCAUGAUGGAGGCCAUGGCCAUGGACGCCCAUGGUGGAACCGUGGAUGCCAGGGACCAUGGCAUGAUGCUUCCCCCAGGAGAGAGAGGCUUCCUGGGCUACCAGAACCACCACAUGGGGGGUCCCUCCAGCCAGUUAUCACCCAGCCACGACAGCCUGGGCUGCCCAGAGCAGGGCUAUCAGCGAGUGACAGAGACGUCCAUGCAGGGUGGGCACUACCAGGGUACUACCAGGGGACCAGGCCAGGGCCAGAUGGGGCAAGGGGGACCCAUCCACUCAGAGGGGAUGUCCAACACCUUGCUACAGCAGGCUGAGUACAGCAUGAGUACCUGCCAGCUCAGCCCCUCUGAACCACACUACCCCCGCCUGGGCCAGGGAGGGCCCGAUGGAGGUGCAGGGCCCUGGGAGGAGAGCAGUCAGGUCCAGACCCCUCAUGGAGCUCUCCAGACAGGGAUGCAGUACCAGGACCAGGGCUCUAUGCAGGGCCAAGUCCAGACACAGGGUCUCUACAGCAGCCAGCAGAGUCUGUACACCCAAGGCCCAGAUGGAGGCCACCAGAAUCUGAAUAUCAAACCAGAGCAGCAGCAGUAUCAUCCAGCCCUUGCCAACCCAGACGCCUGCCAAAAGCAGCACCAACACCAACAACAGCAGAGGCCCCACCCAGGGCAGACACCCAUGCCCAUGGGACCCAUGUCCCCUCAGAGUUACCCCCAGCCGGGGCAACCUGGCCAAGGCAUGAUGAGGACUAUUAACCCCUCCUGUAACUUCCAUGGUGGAGGGAUGGAGAACCAGAUCCAGGUCUCCAUGCAGCAGGGACAGCAGCAAAGCGGGGGCCUCAGCGUGGGGUCGGCUGGUCUGGGGCCUGGGGGCCGGUCUCAGACACCAAUGAUGCAGGUGAAGGAGAUGAUGGUGAGGAACUAUGUGCAGUCGCAGCAGGCACUGCUGUGGGGUCAGGAACAGGACCAGAGGGGGAUAGCAGCAGAGGGAAAACCCCUUCCUUUGUCAGACAGCAUGGACAUGACAGGACAACAGGUGGCCAUGAUGCAUCAGCAGCCUAGUCCCCAGCAACAACACCAACACCAGCCCCAGCAACAACACCAACACCAGCCCCAGCAACAACACCAGCCCCAGCAACAACACCAACACCAACACCAGCCCCAGCAACAACACCAACACCAGCCCCAGCAACAACACCAACACCAGCCCCAGCAACAACACCAACAAAGCCUCUACCCCAAGCCAGACUCCAGCUUCCCAGGCUAUUCCACCAACCAGAACCUGAUGAUCCCCCUAGGCCAUACCCGAGGAGGCCCCAGCUCCAGCUCCUCCAUCCCCUCUAACGAGGUCCCCAUGAUGAGCCUGCCUGGAGGGCCAGGGUCCUGCUACAGCCAGGAAAUGGGAGUCCCUGUGGUCCCUAGACCACCCCAGGGAAGGAAGCCUCUCAUCAGGCAGAAUAGCCUCCAGUCCCAGCCAGGAGGAGGGUACCUGGGCAGUCCUCCACACGUCAGCCCAGUCCAGUCUACCUCCAGCCCAAGGAGAGCAAUCCGACUGCCCCCUGUCCAGCACUCUCAGACCCAUCGGGAGAUCUUCUCUCCCUCCAACCAUAGCAACAUGUAUUACUCGGGCCAGAUCCACAUGCAGCACCCUGACAUGGACAAGCAGCAGAUCCAAAUCCAGCGGAUCACCCAUCCUCACCAGGACCCAACCCAGACCGGGCCCUGCCUCAACCAGCACCAGGGGCACCUGGUAACCCAUAUGGACCAUCAGCGGAACAAGUCUGCCCAGCUGGGCUACCUCCAUGACCAUGGGUCCACCCCCAUCUCCAAUGCUCUGGAGAACGUGGAUCUGGAUAAUGCCCAGAUAGACUUUACCUCCAUCAUUGAUGACCCAGACCCCUCGUCCUUCAGCCCCGUCAAUCCACCUCUCCAUGGGUGUUCAUCCCAGACCUCGUCUCGUCUCACCACCCCACAGACCUCCACCACCCUGCCCUCCUCUGUGAUCCCCAACAUGGCUGUAGGGGACAUGACCUCCAUGCUCACCUCUCUGGCUGAUGAGAACAAGUACCUGAAUACGUUGUCUUAGAACCUGAACACGCUCAUAAAGUUGACUAGAGGGGGUCAUCUAUCUGUCUCGAGAGACUAAGUAACUGAAGAUACUGUUGUAGUACAAGUACCUAGACUGUCCUAGAGUGGACCCUAGGGCCACAGCCCGUUGGUGUUCGCUUACCACUUAACAUAAAGUUACAGGAAAUGACUGUGGAGAGUAAAGGUACUGAAAAGAUGUCCCCUUUCUCUUGGCCUCACGCAGACGUGUUCUGUCCCUGGCCAGGAUGAACAGAUACACAGUAGCUACUCCUUAGAGGACUUAGAGCCAAACCAAAGGUGCCUACUGAUCUUGAUCACUGUGUUCUCUUGUCUCACGAGAAGAUCACUGACUUUGGAGUUGCUUGGUACAAUACUGUUGCUUGGUACAAUACUGUUGCUUGGUACAAUACUGUUGCUUAGUACAAUACUGUUGCUUUGUACAAUACUGUUGCUCGGUGCAAUACUGUUGCUUGGUACAAUACUGUUGCUUGGUACAAUAGUGUUGCUUGGUAAAUACUGUUGCUCGGUACAAUACUGUUGCUUGGUACAAAACUGUUGCUUGGUACAAUACUGUUGCUUGGUACAAUACUGUUGCUUGGUACAAUACUGUUGCUCGGUGCAAUACUGUUGCUUGGUACAAUACUGUUGCUCGGUGCAAUACUGUUGCUCGGUACAAUACUGUUGCUCGGUACAAUACUGUUGCUUGGUACAAUAGUGUUGCUUGGUAAAUACUGUUGCUCGGUACAAUACUGUUGCUUAGUACAAUACUGUUGCUUAGUACAAUACUGUUGCUUGACAUAAUACUGUUGCUUGACGCAGAACUGUUUGCCUGAAAUGACUGUCAUCACCAUAACGACGUCAUCGCCGUAAUGACAUCAUCACCGUAAUGACGGUCAUUUCAGUCAUAGAGGUUCUUUAGGGCAACAGAGAGGGUACUACGAUGUAAAUGAGUUAUACAUGUAUAUGCUGUGUAUAUGACAAUGUUGACAGGGAUGGAACUCUAAUGUCUGUCUCGUGGACUGGAUUCCAAGGCCUCACUCUUCUGGAAUGAGAACGGAGGAAAACAGAGCUGCUCCAAGGAAGAAUGUAAAAAGAAAAUGACUGAUAGACACCUGAGUGCUUUGAAGAUUCAUCUAUAUUCCCAGGGACACACUCCUGUCAGGGACACAUACACACACACGAUAGUGAUGACACAAGCACAUAGUGAUAACACACACACACAUAGUGAUGGCACACACAUAAUGAUGACACACACACAUGAUAAUGAUGACACAAGCACAUAGUGAUGACACACAUGCGUAAUGAUGACACACACACACACGAUAGUGAUGACACACAUAAAAUGAUGACACACACACAUAAUGAUGACACACACACACGAUAGUGAUGUCACACACAAAAUGAUAAUGAUGACACAAGCACAUAGUGAUGACACACACAAAAUGAUGACACACACAUAAUGAUGACACACACACACACGAUAGUGAUGACACACACAAAAUGAUGACACACACACAUAAUGAUGACACACACGAUAGUGAUGUCACACACAAAAUUAUAAUGAUGACACAAGCACAUAGUGAUGACACACAUGCAUAAUGAUGACACACACACGAUAGUGAUGACACACACAAAAUGAUGACA